ACUUUUUGUGCUCAAUAUUUUCAGGUGAAAGAUUUCGCGAAAAGUGUUACACAUUCGAGUGUGCUGUUCUGUAUAUCCACAAAAAAAUGUCUAAAAAAUAUAUUCGUGGAAGGACAGUGACUGCCGUGUCGUCGUUGAGCUUUCCAGCGCCUAAGCCGACAAUACGAGUAAUUCAUCACCAUGGUCCAGGUCAAGAGCCAAUUUUGCAAAAAGCGCAGAACUCGUUACCAUGUUUUGUGCUACCAGAGAGCAAGGAAGCUUCAAAUUUGAAAAUUUUCAAGGUGGAUGGCCUGAGAAAAACUAAUGCCACUCUGGAUGUAGACAAAAACCAAAGGACCAAACAGAAGAAAUUAAUAAAAUUGGUGGAUGAAAGAAAAACAGGGAAAUUCCUCCAGCACUCAAAUCGUAAAACUGUUAAUUUGACCGAUGACCAUGAGAAUUUAUUAAGCCGGAUUAAUCAAAUGGAAACUGUCAUGGCUACUCAUAACGCACAGAAAGGAAGUAAUGCAACGCUUCCCAACUUCUUGAGUGAUUGUGGAGGCAAUAUAAUUGAACGCCUCACUGAUUGUAAUGCUACAAAAAAAGUACCUGACACGCUUAGGCGGCUCUUCAGCCCCCGCAGAGAACAGAAGCCGCACUGCCCCAAUGACAUCGUCUGCCGCACAAAUGAUCCACCAGCGAGAGGUGCUCCAUCCACUUCAAGAACUACGGCUCAAUCUAUGCGAAAUCCAGCAGCACCUCCCGCCAAAUCUCCAGCAAGAAGCGACAGAGUAGAAAUGGACCGCCUGCCUAACUUUUCUGGGGUUGACGUUCGAUCUGCCAUCGCGGAGGGCAAUGAUCUGCUGAAAGAAAUAAAGUCGUGGCACAAAACGCUGGAGAAGGCCUCUGUUUCACAACCCGUCGCUGAGUGCCGAAAACUGGAAUCAGGUGGCGUUCCAAUCAGGAGGACCUCAAAGCGAGCAUAUUUGGUCGAGGCGACGGUGGCGAGAAGAGGUGAUUUGAAGAAAAAAACGAACAGUGAGUUGGAUUUGCGGACAGACAUGGAAAGUCUGAAAAAAGAGGUUAAACACCUAUCCAAGAAGAUCGCCAGGAAGUCCGAGAGGAAACAUUCCAAAAAAGAUAAAGAGCUGAAAGGAGAUCAGUUAAAGGACAACGAAACAGGCAAACUGCAGGUCCCGGCUGCGAUUAAAAAUCAGUUGAUUUCCACGCACAGCCACGAACCAGAGCCCCUGAAAAGCAAACUAUCCGUUGCUAUGCUUCAAGAUCUGACCAUUAAGCGUCCACUAGCAGUUCAGUCAGGCCCAAGAAUUGUGAUUUCACCAAAGCCGUUGCUCACAAAGGUUAGCAAUGUCCAUUUCGCCACCUACAAGCACAAACCAGCAGCAGCCGUCCCUGACAAUGAGAAGUCUCUGCCUCAUAACCAACUGGCCUUGAAAAUGAUUCACUUGUCCAAGGAAAACGCUGCCGUGGCGACUGAUGCCAUCCCAGUGUCCACGACAGGGUGCCAAACCUCUCCGCCUCCUCGGGUUUUCAACAUUUUCGCUCAGACAGAGGAGGUCACCGUCAGGACGAGAAGGACAAUGGUUUCCGUCGCUGUGCAAAGUUCACCAGAGGUCAAAGCACCAUGCUCUGACCUAGAAGUGCAAACAGAGAGUGUACAUGUAAACACCGUCGGAACGGAAACCACUUCUGAUGAUCAACCGGUUACUUUGAAAGUUGCAGAUGAAGUGGAAGAGCGACUCCAAACUCAGGUUGGGCCGAGCGGAGAUGCGACAUCUGUCUUCAUGGCCACCAGUCACAACAAUGACCCUUCUGAAGACAAAACUCAAGAGUUAUUUAAACCCAGUAGAAUCAGCCUGUCUCCGAUAUUAGAAGUGCCUUCAACAAACAUUUCCCCUGACAUAAUUUCACCAUUGACAACUCCCAAAGCUAGCCUCGUGAUUCCAGAAACAAGUCAGUCAGACCAAUCAGUUGUGUCCUCUGACGCGCCGAAACAAGAGCCUUUGGAGAAAAGACCUAAAUCAGUGGGAUUCUCUGAUUUGCCGGUUCUUUUGCGACUCAGGUCCCCAUCCCUGCGGAUGGUAGUUCCUAGCUUUACAAGAUCAGCACUGGCAAAACGUGCAAGUGCUUUUUCAGACCUCAGCACCGACGAUGAUGAUGAUGAUGCAACAAGAAACAAUGAGUUGUUGACCAGUGAAGUCCAGACGUCUUCUGCAAGUAGAUCAACGUCCCCCACAAGCACCGCUAGCUCAAUUGAGUUCACGACCUCGUCCAGCGCAGCAGUUGGACCAAAAGCUCCCCUCUCAAUACCAGUUUAUCAAAUGAACAGAGUCCGGUCUCUCGCAGCUAAAGUGGCGCCAAAAUUGCUAGAAAAUUCAACCAGUGAUGGUGAACUGAGUGAAGGACAAAUUUGGCCUCUGCCGAGAGUGGACUUCAAGAAGCCCUAAUGGCUAAACAGUGCAUUGUAUGACUCGCAUCAUGUUUCUCUUUGCCGUUUGUAGAUAACCGUGAUGAGUCUAUGAUUAAAACU